UAACAACAAAAUGGCGGCGUUUUUGAAACGAAAGUGUUUCUCGUGUAUGUAACGCGCUCGUACUUUCCGUAGUCUAACGUCAGGGCCUAAUGUCAUGAUUGUUACAUUUAAUUGUUUGUAUGAAAAAGAGCCAGAUGAAUUUGUUUCGCCUUGAAUCAUCAAGACGACGUUAGACAAAUUUGAGUGGGCAUAAUGAGGUGAAGAGAUCGUGGCCUCAACAUCCCAAAGUCGGCCAUGUUUCACCAAAACCAGUUGCAGUUCAACCUGGAUGUGCCCAGCCUGCCUGGCAAUUUGGCGGCCCGCUACCGCCAUCCAGGACCUCUUGUGAUCGAGAAGCUCGGUGGAGGCACCACCAAUGCGGAGUCCGCACCUGAAAAACCCAAGGAUCCGCCCGUCAAAUUCACCACCAUCUCAGAGGAUCGGCUGUCGACGGCUGUCCGGCUUGCCAGGCUUGACCUGAAGAACAUCGCUUCCAAGAGCCAAACGCCUGACAUCAACAAAUUGUCUCGGCAAGAGCCUAGAGCUGGUAAAAAGUCCAAACCCAAACAGAGUCCUUCGGGAAAAAAUCACCAACGGCUGCACAACACUAAUGUCAGGUUCAGUGAACGAUUUACGGACCCGAAUGAAAGCCAACGAUCUGUAGAAACUCAGACCCGCAAGUCUAAAAAGAGGACUAAGGACACCAUUGUCUUGUGGCCUGUCAAUUCGUACGGACUUGUGUUGAAUGCACAACAGCAUCAGCAAGGGGAUGCCGGUAACAGAGGAGGGGUGUCCCCACCCUCGAGGGAGCUUGCGUUGAGCCCCAACAGCCGACAGGCCCAGGAGAUCAGACGACUCCGUUCUGAGCUAAAGACGUACAUGAAGAAAGUGGAGGAACUGUCUAUCAAAGCAUCUCAGCAGAGACAGGAGGCAGCCAAGAAGGAUUGGGAGGAUGCCGAGGAGGAUCCAAGGAGAGCAGCCCGGGCUGCUGAGCAUGCUAGCCGCUCAGCUAGGCUACUCUACUCCCUUCAACAACAGGUGCGAGAGAUUCAAGAGGAGCUGGAUAAGCUGGGACCAGGAAAAGUCAGACAUACUAAAAAGAGCCGAGCACUUAAUCGUCUUGCCGCUGCCCAUCGCGGUGCCGUCAGGGCCCUCCAGUCCUUCCUACACCAUCUCCCAUCAGAGAUUGACCACCGCAGCGGCCUGCCUCCCCAUUACCAAGAGCUGGCCCUCCUGAUACGACAGCUGUCCCUGUGCUGCUCACAGCUGGACGUGGAGGAGUCAGGCAUUCCGGAAGGAGUGCUGAAUAUACUGGAGCAGGCCAAGGAUUUCCAAGAUGCGUUGUCACAGCAGAUAUCCAGCCCUCCAAGGCCCAAAGCUAAUCCAGUCCCCCAGCCUCACGCCAGCCCAAGACGACGACUAGCCUUUGAGACCAACACCGUCCGAGUGCCACAUGGCAAACCGGCACCCAGGGCAACAGUGUCAAAGAAUCUGCGAGUUGAUCAGAGAUAUGCAAGUCCCAUGGCCCUCAACCCUCACCACUACAGAGUCAGAGAGACACCAGAGAGGGAUACGGACCCACCCCGUGCCACAACCCGCGGCACAUCCCACACCACACCCCACGCCACACCGGGUCCUGCAACAGUAGAGAGGUUGAGACAAACUGUUGUAAACAAUAAAGCGACACCGGGUAGCCCCGAGAGAAAUGCAGCACUGCGGGCAGGCCUGGAGGCCCUACUCAGGGCAGGUGGGCAUGCCCAAGGGCCAGCCCACUCUACUCAACCAGCUACCAAGAUGCUGCAGCAACAACCAGCUGGCAGAGCACGCAAGCAGCCAGCUGUCAAUGGGUUCAAGGCACCGUCUAAGAGUCUUAUCCUGCCAGCCAAAUUGAAGGCAGCCAGGGAGAGGCUGCAGCGAGCCCGGACCAUCCCCAGGGACGCCCACUUCAUCCAGGAGACCUUGGCCUCCAAACUCAAGCACAGAGACCCGGCAGGGCAGACCGGUACGGCAGACCCAGCAGCUAGACCCCAGGACGACGGGGCAGCCAAGCCUGCUUGGACACCUCCGGGGUCCCCUAGAAGCUUCCAUAAGGUUUCACCUCGGGCUAGGCGCGUUUCGGUUUCAUCAGAGAACGAGGACGGAUCAGUGAUAGACUGGGAGCAUUCACCAAGAAGGAGAAAGGUCAACUUUAACCUUGAGGAGGAGAGUCAAGACAAGAAGGAUCCAAGGAGAGAGGGUGAGAGGAGACUGGACCCAGACUUGAUGGAGAGGGAGAUUGCAAGACAGGCGUGGCUGGACAGAGAGGCUGUAAAACAGUUGAAGCAUCUGGACCGUGGAGUCGAGGCAGACGGUCACCCACCUGUUCCUCCUCAUUGGCUGGAGGAGGUUGAGCAAGCUCUCACUGACCGUCUACGACCACUCAUCGAUAAAGCUGAGGCUACAGCAAAAGAACAGGAGCGCAUUCAGAACUCAACUACGCAGUCUCUGCAUCACCAGCUAUCACAGAGAGCAGCACAAGCUACCAGCAACAAUGCAGAGCUUCUGAGUGAUCUUCUCCUGGAUGACAUCCUGGCGGACACGGCCUUGGAGUUCCAUCGCAUUGAGAGAGAUGAGCAACUAGACCAGCAGGCCAGGCAGCUUGUUGAGGCCCCCACAGUGGAAGGGAUGCUGCAAUCACUGGAAAAGAUGGAGCUCAUGGAAGAUGAAAUAAGGAGGCGAUGGAAGCGGGUAGAGUACAUUGAACAGGAGGAGCUUGGUGGAAAAUCCAUACCGCACAGGGAGGCCAAGUGGAUGAUGGGCACACCACUUGAUGGAGAAUUCCUUGAAAGUUUCCCUGGGGAUAUACCAACUUCUCACACUUCAAUGCAAUUCACAAAGUCACGUCCCCGAGACACCAAUAGAUCUCACCCUAGUGUAUCAACUGCCAGACCCUUGUAUGACAUGAACAUCCCAGCACGAACAAAUGCGUCAAUCCAUCCAACACUUGGUGGAGAUGAUGGCGACAACGGCGUCAGACCUCCGGCUGGAAACGAUGUCCAGAUCAUUGAGAUGGAUUCUCGAGAAAAUGCUACAGAACCUAUCGGUGAUACACCGGGAACAACCGUCGACCAGACUCACCACAUGAAUAUCCUGCACACUCUACUCGACAACAAAAGCAACGUAGCUGCUGCUGUAAGACCUGGCACUGUGUUGGGCAGUAAGGAGUCAGGAACCAGACCCGUGCUGAACAGGCCCAGGUUUCCACUCUUCAUACCGCUUGACACAAUGAGUCGCAUCAGGGACCACAGAGUACGCUUUCAGCAUCACCUGAAGAGGACGUCGCAUUGGGCGUAUGGGACGUUUGAUCCGUGGAGGCUCGUUGAAGAAGUCUCUGAUGAAAUAGUGUCCGAGAUUAUCAAGGAUGUUUCAAGCGAGGUCGGUGACAUCAUGGGCCACUGUGUGGACGACCUCUACAAAGCUGAGUUUGACAUGACGUGACCUUUCAUCUGACCAUGAUUUUCAUCUGAAAAAGGAUUUUAUUUUGGUGACAAACAGAUUCGGCUUGCGAGCAGACUGGCUCCUGGUCAGUACAUUAGUGUGGGGCGAGAACCAGCCUAUCAGAAUUAUUGUUGGACUGCCAGUAAUUUGAAUAGUAGUAAGUAAUCUGAUAACUAAACGUAGGCUGAUAAUUUUAGUUUUUGGUUAUUGUCUCAUUCAAAAGUGAAUAACUUUUGUAGUGCUAGAAGAAUAGCAAUUUAGAAAAGGAAAUCUAUUUUUGGAGAUGAAACUUGAAAAUAGCAACUUUAAAAUUCAACUCCCUAGGCCUUUCAGCUGGGAUGCAUCCUCAAUCCUGCAAAAUCUUCCAACUGCCUCCAUGUAAAAAUUGCAGCCUCAAUCCUCCACAAUUUUUUUGAAUUUAUUCAUGGGAGGGGUAGCCACUGCUUCAAUCCUGGAACAUCCUCCAACAAUCACUAUCAAUACAUUGUGGCAGCGCCGAUGAUAUCCAGAAGCAGUGUGGAUGAUUUCAAGUAUAAUCUGAGCAUAGCUUAAUAAUGGUGUGGGCAAAAACUGCACAAGGUACAGCCUGUGACCUUGCCACAAUGCAUCUCUUCCAAAAUCAAACCACACGUUUUUGCCAUACAGCCUGAAUCCUUCGAAUUCCUCCACUUAUCCAAAGAGGAUAAGUUUGGGUUAAUUAAUGAUUUCACCAGGAGAUAAAUCCUAGCAGUUCCGAGGAACAUUUGUCGACAUUGCCAACCAUAACUUAGGAAGCAUUGUAGCAAAGGUACUAAAUUGUGAUUGAUCACAUUUACAUCACAGGUUAAUUCACAAAGCCAGUUUACAAGUAACAGCGGAUGAACAAUAACAAAACAAUGUCUUCGUUGCAAUUAAUUGGCAUAGUGUGUCAGUGGAGUUUUUCUUUAGCCCAUUAGCACCUGUACUACAUUGUAUUACAUUGUGAUUACUCAAUGAAGAAUCAAUAAAACCAUAGAGUGCUCGA